AUGCCUGAGCCCCUCUCCCCAGAUGGUUGGGAGCCCCCCCUCCACCCUCCUCCUACACCCCCCUACCCACCCAUGGACGGCCCUGGACGUAGUUUUUAUCCCAUUGGAGACAACCUGACGGAGCCACCUGCCGGGGCCCUGGAGGCAUACUGCCAGAUGUUGCUGCAGGCCCCGGUCCCUGUCCAUCCAGACCAGAUCCCCUGGUUCUGUCUCUGCACACACUGCCAGAGCACCCAGGGGCCCAAAGGAGACCGCGGAGACAGGGGACUACCAGGUAGGCCAGGUAGUCCUGGAAGAAGGGGGUUGACAGGGUUCAGAGGCCCUCCAGGUUUUGUGGGUAGACCAGGGGUCAAAGGGCAGAAGGGAGAUGAGGGUGAGAAGGGACAGCGAGGACCCCCAGGACUGGUGGGACCCAAAGGAGAUGGAGGCUUCAAAGGUGACAAAGGUGAUCAAGGUCUGGAGGGUCGCCCAGGGGAUCAGGGUCCUAAAGGAGAUGAUGGAGUCUGUCCAGAUACCUGUGAGUCCAGCCAGGGCCCCCCAGGAACCACAGGUCUACCUGGCCCUGCAGGACCCAGAGGUCUGCCUGGUACCCCAGGGCUGCCAGGGCCCAAAGGUGCUAAAGGUGAUGUCGGUGAUCUGGGUCGCCCUGGUGUCCCAGGAUCUAUGGGUGAGAAGGGAGAACCAGGGCCCCAGGGGGAGUGUAACUGUACAGACGGAGUAGAUGGGAGUCCAGGACAGAAGGGGGACAAGGGAGACAAAGGAGACCAGGGACAGGUAGGGUCUGCAGGGCAGAGGGGGCUACAGGGGGAUAAGGGAGACCUGGGGCCCAUUGGGAUAAUGGGUCCUCCUGGUCCCUGCAUGCCCAGUAUCCAGUCAGCCUUCGCUGCAGGGCUGACAUCCAGUUACCCCCCGCCCAACACCCCUGUGGUCUUCUCCUAUGUUCUCUACAACAUCCAGGGAAGUUACAACCCCACUUCUGGACUCUAUACCGCUCCCAUCAAUGGCACCUACGUCUUCAGCUACCACCUCACCAUCCAUGAAAGGGUCCUCAAAGUGGGCCUCUUUCAUAAUUUCAAGCCGGUUGUUAAAACCACAGACCCAAAAGUGUUAGGGACCACCUCGCAUUCAGUCAUCCUUCACCUGGCCCGAGGAGACAGAGUGUGGAUUCAGGUGAAGGAUUUGGUCACUAAUGGCAUGUAUGCAGGUACUGAGGCCAGCAGCACCUUCUCUGGCUUCUUGCUCCAUCCAGAUACAUGUGAUGUGGCCUUAGUAAGAGCCCCCAUGGCCCCAAUGAUCCUACCUGAGGGCGGAUACGGCUGGGGUGACUUACCUGAGCUCAGCACUGCCAAACCCCCCACUUCCCCUGCUGGUGGAGGAUCAAACUAA